GCGAGAGACUUGACUCAGAGACAGUCAGAGCACUGAGCGACACGAGACACUAUGAAGCUGUGAGGCGCUUUGUUUCUUCUGAUACUUUAAAAUAUUACUUUAUCCUAAAAAAAAAAAUACUAAUUACUUCAUCGACUUGAGAGCACAAUGGCACGAGGAGAGGGCGCAGAGCAGUACACGGCGGGUUUACUAUCAGUCAAGCCUAUAAAUACAGAAGUCAAGACGGCAAAGCCAAAGGAGCAGAGGAAAGGUCUGUCUGUGUGGAACAAACUGAGCUAUGCCAUCGGUGGGGCUCCAUACCAGAUCACAGGCAGCGCUCUGGGCUUCUUCCUCCAGAUCUACCUGCUGGAUGUGGCUCAGCUGGAUCCCUUCCAUGCCUCUAUCAUUCUGUUUGUGGGCCGUGCCUGGGACGCGGUCACAGACCCCACGGUGGGUUUCCUUGUGAGCCGGAGUAGAUGGACCAGCAUCGGCCGCAUGAUGCCGUGGAUCCUUUUCUCUACUCCGUUUGCAGUGCUGACUUACUUCCUAAUCUGGUACGUGCCUCCUUUUGAGCAAGGGAAGGUCAUCUGGUAUCUGAUAUUUUACUGCCUCUUCCAGUCAAUGCAGACGUGCUUCCACGUGCCAUACUCAGCUCUCACCAUGUUCAUCAGCAGCAACCAGAAGGAGAGGGACUCUGCCACAGCUUACCGUAUGAUGGUGGAGGUGCUGGGCACAGUUCUGGGCACCGCAAUCCCGGGACAGAUAGUAGGUGGUGCAGCGAAUUGUCGCACUGAGCCUGAUGAGCUUAACAGCAGAAAUGGAACUGUAAUGAACGCGACCGGAGUUUCACUGGAAGAGACGAAACAAGCUUACUUGGUUGCUUCAGGGGUCAUCUGCAUCAUCUACUUCGCCUGUGCUGCCAUAUUGUUUUUGGGUGUGAAGGAGCAAAAAGAGUGCGGGCGGAAAAAUUCUCCGCUCACCUUCCGUCAGGGCCUGUGGCUGGUGAUGAGUCACGGACCGUACGUCAAACUGGUCACUGCCUUCCUCUUCACCUCUCUGGCAUUCAUGCUAAUGGAGGGAAACUUUGCCCUCUUCAUUACCUACGCUCUUGGCCAUAGAAAAGACUUCCAGAAUAUUCUCCUGCUCAUCAUGCUAUCGGGGACUCUAACCAUCCCGUGGUGGCAGUGGUUUCUGACCCGGUUUGGGAAGAAGACGGCCUCUUACUUUGGCAUAGCUUGGGCAGUACCCUUCAUGAUCCUAAGCGUCACUGUUGGAAAAAACCUGAUUCUUUCUUACUUGAUCGCAGUGGCAGCAGGUGUGAGCGUGGCGGCAGCUUUCCUUCUGCCUUGGUCGAUGCUUCCUGAUGUAGUGGAUGACUUCAAGGUGAAAAACCCAGACAUCCACGGUCAUGAAGCCAUCUUCUACUCCUUCUAUGUGUUUUUCAUCAAGUUUGCCUCUGGAGUAUCCCUGGGUAUCUCAACGCUCAGUUUGAAAUUUGCUGGUUAUGUGACUGGGGCCUGCUCACAACCCGAGGCGGUCAGUUUAACCCUGAAGGUUCUGGUUUCACCUGUGCCUGUGGGUCUGAUAGCUGUAGGACUUUUGAUAUUGAAGACCUAUCCCAUUGAUGAAGAAAGGAGGGAGAGCAACCAAAAACUACUGCAGAAAAUCCUAGACUCUGAAACAGACUCUGAAUCAGAAACGUCAGCGCUUGGAAGCAGUGUGUAGCGGCAGAGGACGAGCCAACCACCACAGCUGCUUUAACAUGUUUGCACAGGCUGUCGAGGGACACAACCACCAACUAUCUGGACUAACAGAGGGAGACCACAGACCGCUGCUGCCCAAACACUAUCAGCAUUAACCAGCUCCCUCUGAUGGAUCACGCAGGUUUACGUCGCCCUCUAGUGGUCGGCCAAUGGCAUCGUGUGGGAUUCAAGUAUUUUUUUCUGAUGUCCUUCAUCUCCAACUGUGUCCCAAUUAAACUCUAUCUGCUGAAACUAAAAAGCAGACACAAUUUACAGAUUUCCACCAUGUAUUGUUUUGUGAGACAGUGUAGAAACAAAAUCCUGGGUUAGUGUCUGUUCUUCGUCCUUUCACUUCACUUUCACUCACAAAUAUAUUUUUUCCUUUUAGAGGUUUUCUGUCAAUAUUUAGCUGAAAGUACAGUAAAAUCUGAUCACCUUAUCAUUUCAAGGAGGAUAAAACACUUUUUCGUCAGCAUUUAACCAACUACAGCUACUUAGGUUUUUUGAUUCAUGGGCGUUUUAAGUUGGGCAUUUUAAGUUGGUGGAAUUUUACUCACCAAAGAGAGCUCAAACUUGUUUUUCCAAAGAGUUACGACUUUGUUUACUGAGAUGUUCCUGUAGCUGCAGUGUGAUUGCAUUGUGGGACAACAAUUCUCAUCACCUCUUACUGUUUCUUAGGUCACUUGUGUUUGACUUUCAGACAGUGCUCUGAAGGAACUAUACAGUAUCAGCCCUUAUUAAUAAAGGGCAUACCAGCACUAUUCCACUAAUUGAAAGUGUAUGAAGCUAUGCUACAAUUUCUACUUUUCAGUUGGUGUUGUUUCCUAUAAGUCAUUUCAGAAAGGUAAAAACUUUAAGUGUACUUCUUCUGAAAGGGGAAAAGGCACCUUGUGGUAUGAUGUACUGUAUGACUGAAUCACUGCCUUACACACACAUCUUGAGUAAUCAGUUGCAAUGAGAUUGUCUGUUGAACUCAGAUUAUAUUUCUUUUUGCUAUGAAGAAGGAUUUCCAUCUCAUCUUUUUGUCCUUUAACAUUUCAGCCAAUCUUUGUCAGGAUUGUUAGAUUUCUGAAUGUGCUUUCACUGCGGAGUCAAGUCUAGUAUGAAGUAAUAUCAUCUAGCAUGCUCUCACUUCCCAAAGGGAAGAAAAAAUGCUUUAAUUAAAUAUUUAUUUAAAUUAUCUAAGGGAUUUACAUUCUUGUGAAAGCACACUGACAGUGAGUGGUUUUUGAUGGAUGAGUGAUUUUCAAGUCCUAUGGAAAACAUUUGAGAACAUCAAAAUGGUGGUUUUAUUUUUUUCUUUUUCUAAGAAAGAAAAUAUCACGUUGCUAUGUUGUGAUAAACAAGCUGCCUUUACAGUGCUGUGACUCUUAAAACAACUUCCCAAACCCAGUUUUUGUGUUGUAAAGGUGUGAAGGAGACAUCUGUCCUCACUUUAGACGGCUUGAUUUAACCACACAUGAUAUCCUUAUUUGUUAUAAAUUAAAUAAGUUAUUAGGAUUUUUGAGAAAUUUCUUUGAAACUUUAUAUAUUCCUGCAUAGUUUUCAGUUGAAAUUUCUCUAAAUGAACUGUAUGACGCAGAUUACAUUUCACCCUGGGUCUCCAUGGUGUUUAAAUGCUGCUUUAUGUAUAAUAUGUAAAUACUUUUUUUUUCUAAGUUUGACCUUGAUGAGCAAUAUAUAAAGCAGCGAGGGGGCAAAUUAAUGUGCUGUAAAUUUGUAAUUAAGUCUGUGAAUAAAGUUGGUUGAAACAGAAGAACCUGUGUGAUGUCUUUACAGUAUCCAAAACUCUACCCCAUAUAGCAUUUCUAAUUACAUUUAUUCUUUAAUCUUUUUUGACAAUUGAAUAUAAACACAUGCUGCUUAAAAAGCGAUCGGUCCUCAGCUCGGCAAAGAUGAUCACAUACUCUAGGGGACACUCAUCUCCCCAAUAUUCAAAUAUGCACAAAAUAAAGAAAAAAGUUUGCAAUGCCUCAAAAGGUAACCACGCACUGUCGUCCAAAAUAGUCAUCAGCAACUGUGAUCAUAAUCAUAAAAAAUGUAACAAAUUGCUGUUAUCAUUACCAGUGCUUAGUAUUACAGGGUACUGCAGUUUUGCAGGUCACUUGUGAAAGUGGAGGUGCCAUAGCCCCAAC